CUUAAUUUGUUUAAUGUGAUUAUUUAGAAAUCUCCUCUCCCUCCUCCGCCUCGGACCGCGUCUAACUCGGCCCUACUCGCCAUUCGCUCAAAGGAGAAACGAGGGGAAAAAGCCGGAGAGGAGGAGCUUGAAACCCUAAUCCCCGAUCCCUCGCCUCUCGAUCUCCUUCGAUCCCCAGCGUCGUCGUCCUCCUCGAUGCUUAACAGCAUCUCCAUCUCCGUCUCCGACGACGACGAGUUCGCCGGAAAGAUGCGCGUCCGCGUCCGCCAGAAGCGCAAGAAACCCGACCACCACCACCACCACCUACGGCGGCGGGAGAUUCUCCGGCGAGCCCUAAGGACGGCGGUGCGGUGGUGGCCGCUCCUCCUCUUCCUCCCCGCGAUCGCGUUGCUCCUCUUCGAGAGCUCGAAGCUGGGACGAAGCCCCCGGGACGAAGGGGCUAAGCCAGAUCUAGUCACCUCCGCUGGGGUUUGGACGUUGCGGAGCGAAGUGUCCCGAUCGGAUCGCGUCACCGUCUCCGGAGAGUCGCUGGGAAACCUAAAUCGCCUCGAUCACACCACUAGAGUCGUCAAUGGCGUAAGAGAGCCUUGCUUAAAGAUGCUAAGUACUGAGAAAUUGGAGAAUCUAGAUUUCCCAGCAACUGCAGAGCCCAAUUUUCCCAUAAGGAGAGUUGUUUAUAGAUCAGACUACCAUAAACAUCACACCGUCAAAGCCAAUGCUACUCAUUUUCUGGACCAAGUAGAGCGUACAAGGUUUAACUUAUUCACUGGAUAUCAAUCACUUCGUGAACGAGAAGCAAGUUUCAAGGUUCAUGAUUAUGUGAAUGAAACUGCUGUGGUGCAUUGUGGUUUUUACAGUGAUAAUGGAGGCUUUAAAAUUUCUGAUGAAGACAAAAAUUAUAUGAAAACGUGCAAAGCCGUUGUAUCCACCUGUGCAUUUGGUGGCGGUGAUGAUCUUUACCAACCUAUAGGCAUGACAGAGGCAUCUAUUAAGAAGGUAUGCUAUGUGGCCUUCUGGGAUGAAAUCACUCGCUCAGCUCAGGAAAAGGAAGGAAAAACCAUUGGUGAUGACAACAUGAUCGGUCAAUGGCGCAUAAUAGUUGUUAAGGAUCUUCCUUUCUCGGAUCAAAGAUUGAACGGGAAGAUACCGAAGAUGCUGAGCCAUCGCCUUUUUCCUAAAGCAAGGUACUCAAUCUGGGUGGACUCAAAAUCUCAGUUUCGAAGAGAUCCAAUAGGUGUGUUAGAAGCGCUUCUUUGGCAUACAAAUUCUGUCCUUGCUAUUUCUGAGCAUGGAGCACGAAGUAGCUUAUAUGAUGAAGGGAAGGCCGUUGUUCAAAAGCACAAAGCAACCCCUGAAGAGGUGGAAGUGCAAUUAAAUCAGUAUCGUCAAGAUGGGAUUCCUGAUGAUAAAAGACUGAAAAAUGGGAAGAAAGCUCUAGCCGAAGCAUCUAUUAUUGUGAGGGAGCACACACCAUCAACAAACCUCUUCAUGUGCCUUUGGUUCAACGAGGUAGUUCGAUUCACAUCUCGGGACCAGAUAAGCUUUCCCUACGUCUUGAGGCGGCUACAGACGCCAGGAAUCAACAUGUUCCCUGUAUGCACUCGAAAAGAUCUGGUGAACAGUAUGGGCCACAAGCAAAAAGUGAAACCUCUUCCAAGACAGUUUAUUUGAGAAUCUGAAUCUCUCUCUCUCUCUCUCUCUCUCUCUCUCUCUCUCUCUAUUUUUAAUGUUUCUUCUAAUCAUUCAUUGGCAAAUAGCAUCUCUAACCCAUAACUUGCAUGUAAUGAUUCUGCUUAUUACUCCCUCCAAAUGGUCCACAUUCUUGGUCUAGUCGGUUGAUCUAAUUUCUUCGCAAUGAUUUAUUUAACUCUCUACUAGGAUAAUUUGCCCUGAGGAGACCAACUUGUCCUCUAA